UAUGGCUUUUAGAAUUUGUAAAUUAUUCAGUUUUAAUCAGAAAUUGAAAAAUGAAGUUUUGUUUUAGCCUUUUACUACUCAGUGUUUGCACCACUGUAAUGGGGAUGGCUUUUAAUGGUGGCAGAACUGGCGUUUCAGAAAUUGAAUCAAGGAGGUUAUUUGAAGGGGGGAAAUACGCAAGGCUAAAGCGUCAUACGCGACAAGCAGAGUGGAGUUUUCGAAAAGCCGAGGAUACACUUGGACUAGAAGAUUCAAAGUCGCAACUAGGAGAAGAAAAGUAUAAAAAAUUAAUUGAUUCCGUAAAGGAAUAUGUUAAUGGACUAAAAAGUCUACCGAAUAAAAUAUUUAGUGGCAUAAGUGAUAACGUAAAAAAGGCACAGGAAGUAAUGGAGAAUAAAGUCAUUCAACCUUUAACAGGCCAUAUAAGGGACUUUGUUAACGGAGUGAAACAAUUAGGCGAAAACGCAGGUGAAAAACCAGCAGCUGAUGGAAAACCGGCUACGAAAUAAGAAGAAAAAAAUAUUGAUUUAACUUGUUUUUUUUUGAAUUGAAUUUUUUGCAAUUUUUAUUAAAUUAAAUUGUAUUAUUUACAACUAUGUAUAAUGUUAAAAAAACAAACAUUUGUAAUAAGACAAGUACUAAAACUAUUAAAGAAUUAAUAGAAAC